GCGGCUUUCUUCAGUGUCAUGGCCCUUGGCAUCUUUCAGCGCAGCAUGGUCCUCCGAGCGACGGCCGCAGCAAAAAUUCAGCUGGGACAGGUGCGUCAGGGGCACAGCUUCAGUGCGAGUCAGGCCACCCUGCAGCUGGUGCUGCAGUCCAAGCCCUGGCCCCUUUGGCUCCGCCGUGAGAUGCGCAGCAACUGGGCCGGGGAGACGGGUGCCGUGGCCAUCUACCGCGGCAGCCACUGGGCCUUGCGGCCCGGGGAGGCAGAGCUGCGAAGCUUCGUGGAGGAACACGUGGCCGCGGAGGAAGCACAUUUGGAAGCCAUGGAAAGCCUGGUCUGUGAGCCGGACGAGCGAAGUUGGAUGCCCGCCACUGCCUUUGGCUGGGCCUUGGGCUAUCUCUCCACCAGGAUACGCGGCGCACAUGGUAUGUAUGUCACCACUGAAGCCGUUGAGUCAUUUGUGGAAGAGCAUUAUGGUGAUCAGAUCGCCCGUUCCUGGAGUGCAGAUUUAUACAGAUGUAUGAGAUCGGACGUCAGCCUUAAAAAUCCACCAACAGUUCUUCUUCCAUAAGAGGAACUGUAUUUUACCAAACAUAUCUGAAACCACUAUGAAAGUGAAAUUGCAGAGCCUGGGAGAUUGUGUUCCUUUUCAGAUGUGAGGAUUGAUUUCCACUUUCCGUGCUUGUUUCAACCAUGUUCAAGCAAGGUAACCAUGACAUGUUUCAGCAAAAACUGGGAUGAUUCGGAUGCUUAAACUAUGUAAAACUGGUUAUUCAGCCCAGCAAUUUUCAUGGUGAUUCCUGCCUGAAGAUGCUGAAGCCCCUGUUGUUCACCAGUUUUUCCCAGGUUUGGAGCUGGAGCUCCAGCGCGGCGAACAUCAUCCGCUGGAGGCCUACCGGGCGCUGCUGGAGCUCCUGCGUGGCGCCUGUGCGGAUGAAGUGGCGCAUAAAGAGGACGCGGCCAAGAGACAGGCCUUCUCCGGCGGCCGCUCCGGUGCCAUCUUGGAUUCCUUGCAAUUUUCAGCCGUCUACUGGGCUUCCAAAGUGGGUGCCGCCAUCGCCAAGCGCCUGUGAUGCGCCGUGGCGGGAUGGAGCGAGCGACCUGUGUGGCAGCUCGACUGUGGGACAGAAAAAGAAGACAGAGG